CGAUGACAUCAUCAGUUAAAAAUAUCUGUAUCGAGUUGGCGACGAGCGGGUGAACUCUGAAAAUGAUUGCAGAAAUUUCCUUAUUUCACGCGAAAUUUUGUACAAAUCUCUCAUGUUUCCAACGAGAAUUCUUCGAAAACGCUGGGUGCUGGCGGUGAUAUUUCUGUUUUCGUUGUGUUACUUCUUGAACAGCACAUUUAAUCAGGAAGUUCCUAUCGGCGUAAUCAGUGACCGGUACGGGGACCUUCCCCACACGACCCUGCAAUUACAGCUGAGGGGACGUGGUGAGGUCGCCGCACAGAGUAACUCCUCCACUUGUAAGAACUCUCGGCAGGGACACAGUCUGGUUGUGGAUAACAGAGGUUUUGUGUGCCCAAGGGAAGCUGUGCUGGUCAACUCCUGCUGCGACCCAGAGAACCCGCAGUCGCUGCGCUACACCUGCGAAGGCUGCCGAAGCAGCACCAACUGCUGCUCCGUCUACGAGAACUGCGUGUCUUGCUGCAUGCACCCAGAGAAGGAGGCGAUAGUGCAAGGAGUUUUAGGCAAAGCCAGUAACACCUUGAAGCUGUUAUUCCGAGCGGUGAACACACAUUACGACUUUUGCCUCACCAAGUGUCGCACAUCAUCCGAGAGCGUGCAGCACGAAAACACUUACAGGGAUCCAGUAGCCAAACACUGCUUUGGAGAGAGCCCUCCAGAUCUCAAACCGUCCAGUUAAUCCACCCAACUCGCGUCAGUCCCCCCCCCCCCCUUUCAAUUCCUCUUCUGGAAGUACACCCUACCAUCAAAUUUGUGGAACAUUCCAGAUCUCGUAAGACAGUCCAACGGAAGCAGUCAAAAGUCCUCUGUGGAUCGUGUGCCAAUGUAAAUGAUACUACAGUACUACCAGUAACUACUUAAGUAAAGCAACUACAGUAUUUAAAGCCAGCAACAGCUCAGAAGACGCUGCUUGUUAACACUCUGGAUGAAUUUCCACACACUGAUGAAUUGAGGUGGUAAAAUCACUAAUGCGAUAUCAGCUUAACUUCAGAUGAACAGAGUGGCAGAACAUUUGAAACAAGAAAACGUUAGGCACCAUCACGAAUGACGUUAUCUUCAGCAUCAAACACAUCUGCAUCUGAGUUUCAACACGGCACUUCAUUAUCAAGCAAGGACAUGCCAUGUGGACAGACCCUGC